AUGGCCAAUGCACCCACUCACCCAGAUAACCGCGAGAGCGGAAACUCCCUCCCAAUGUUCCUCUCAGAGCCAGAGUAUACUGCUGAGGAGAGGGCGCUGUUGGAUGAGCCAUUCCCCCCAAAAUGGGCAGAUAUCAGUACCGAAUACUUCCGCAACUGCGAGCUGUGUUCUGACUACCACCCGUCAACGGGCCCAAGCGAGCAAAUCUACCGCUGUGCAAGACCUGCAUGUCGGGCCCUCUAUCAUCAUGAAUGUCUCCAGGAGAUGCUCACUAAGUUGACUGAGCAGGAUAGCCUCCUCAUGCCCAUGGAAUGUCUUCGCUGCGGCACCGGCUGGGAUCUUGACUCUGACUUUGAGGAGCCGGAGCAUCGCCGCAAGCUCUGGUGCAUUGGUGAGUUACGGCAGAAGACUAUACAGCUGCUGCGGCAGCUGCGACAGUUACGGCAGGAGCUGCGGCAGGGGCGGCUUAAAAAGAAGCGGCUUCAGCAGGAGCUGCUUUGCCAGAAACAGCUUCAGCAGCAGACGCGGAACCAUCCUCAGAUACAGCAGCAGUACUGUCAACCCCAGCCCCGGCAGCAGAUGCAGGUGCUUUCUCUGCAGGAUCAGCCUCCUCAGAACCAGCAGCCGGAGCAGUACUGUCAGUCUCAGCCCCAGCAGCAGAUACAAGUACUUCCUCGGCAGUGUCAGUCUUCUCAACACCCGGAGCAGAUUAAUCAGCAAAUGCAGCACCAACAGCAAGUACAGGUACAUCCUCUGCAAGAUCGGCCUCCUCAGCACCAGGGGCAGAACCAGCAGCAACUACAGGCAUAUCCUCUGCGGUGUCAGCUUCCUCAGCACCAGCAGCAACAAAUACAGCUGCAUCUUCAGCAGUAUUAUCCAGCACAACAAAACUACCAGCAGCUUCACCAGCAGCAACCUCAGCCCCUGCGCCAGUACCAGAGCCUGCAGCAGAUGCAACCUCAGCACCAGCUACAGACCCAGCUAAAGCCAUAUCAAGCUCGGUAUCAGCAGCUGCAGAUGCAAUAUGAACUUCGAAUGCUACAACAGCAUCAGCGGCCGGCCCAGCAUCCAAUUCAGAUGCAACAGCAGCUUCAAAGACAACAUAAUCCUCAGCUACACCAGCAGCUGCACCCGCCGCAUCAGCAACAACCCCCUACCAAGCCCAAGCCCCAUCGCACUGCACCGGAAAUGGCGCGAUCAGCGAAGAAACCCCGUAGGAACAGGCCUGAUCCCCCGCGUGGUCGAACGAUAAUCCCAAUGAGCUUCGCUGUAAUAGGAGACCGCUUCCAUUGCACCUUUGUAGAAGACGGGGUGCCCUGUCGCCUGCAUUACGGGAGCGCCGAUAGUCUGCGGCGGCAUCACCGCACCAUCCACGAUGACAGUCUUCCUUGCCCUGACUGCCACAGUGGGUGGUCCACCGUCGCAAAACUAUCUAGACAUCUCGCGGAAGUGCAUGGGGUGGCCCCUGUGCGUCGGGUGACACCUAGUCACGGGGCGGCUCCUUUGCAUGGGGCGACCCCUGUGCCUCAGACUCCUUUGCGUAGGCUAGCACCUAAGCAGAGGAGGCAAGAUACAGUCCCCCGGGACUGGAGCCGAAAGCAGAAGCAUGAUGAUUUCGCGUAG